AUGAAAGCUGGUAUAGAUCGGCAUUUUCAGCUUGAACAAGAGGUUCUGGAACCAAUGGAAGUGAAUGUGAAGUCAUCUGAAGACUAUAUGGCACUGAAACUUGUUGAUUUCAUCAAUGGUGUGAAUCAACUGUUGUUCGAAGGACUAACUCGCGAGCUUCCUAUAAUAAGCUUUGAUUUUGCACAAGUUGUUCGUGACUUCCCUUCUAAAAGAUUGUUUGAAUAUUUCGAGUUAAAUCCUCGACGUAAUUUAUGUAAAGAUCUACGAACAGCGUGUGUUGAUUCUGGAAUCUCAGCAUUGACAAUUGCUGAUGUGGUGAUUUGUUACCAAAAUAUGUGUAAGCUGCUGCCCCGUGCUAAUGACAAACUAGUGUUGAGAUAUGAAUCUCAGAGGGAUCACUCACUGUUGGAAGAAGAAAAAUUUGUGUAUGAGGGUAGUUGGAUAAAGAAUGAAAUUAGGAUUUGUCUUGAGUUUUGGCUUGGAAAGAGAGAAGCCAGUUCUGUUGAUGAGGAAGAUCAAUGGAAAUGUGGAUUCUGUGAUUUUACUUCCCAGUGCCCUGCUUACAUUGGUGAUUCUGGGAGCACAGAAACACUUUCAGAGUAUGAUUACUCAAGUGACUGUUGUAGUGUUCAGUAA